GGCGCAGUCAGAGUGGGCUCGGCAAUAAACUCAAUGCUGCCAGGAGCAGUGACCGGGGAGGCCACGUGACUUUAGUGUCACAUGACAACGCCCUGUUAUUACCUAGCUUGCUAAUGCUAACAAAAUGGCAGCGUUCUUACAGUGGAGAAAAUUCGUCUUCUUUGACAAAGACACGGUGAAGGACCCUGUGGAUAAUGGGAAACACUUUGUUCUCCCGAGCGGAAUCUCGGCGUGUGACUCCGGCCGGGGUCACGUUGUUCUGGGAGAUAUGGAUGGCAAGAUCUGGCUUUUGACCCGCUCCCUGCAGUUGACAUCUUUUCAGGCUUACAAGUUGCGGGUAACGCACCUCUACCAGCUGAAGCAGCACAGCAUCCUUGUGUCAGUGGGGCAGGAUGAGCAAGGAAUAAACCCUCUUGUGAAGGUCUGGAACCUUGAAAAGAGAGACAGUGGAAAUCCUCCGUGCACAAGGAUUUUCCCCGCAAUUCCCGGCAACAAACCGACAGAGGUGUCUUGCCUCGGUGUGCAUGAAAACCUCAACUUCAUGGCUAUUGGUUUCACUGAUGGAAGCGUGGUUUUAACUAAAGGUGACAUCACCAGAGAUCGUCACAGUAAAACUCUGACUCUGCACGAGGGAACCAGCCCAGUCACAGGCCUCGCUUUCCGCCAGGUGGCAAAGGUCACGCAUCUGUUUGUUGCCACUCUGGAGAAAGUCCAUUGCUACACCUUAUCCAUCAAGGAGUACCCGAAAGUAGAGCUGGAUACACACGGCUGUGCGCUGCGCUGCUCCUCCCUGGCAGACCCUUCCCAGGACUCCCAGUUCAUUGUAGCCGGUGAGGAAUGCGUGUACCUGUACCAGCCUGACGAACGAGGGCCCUGCUUCGCCUUCGAUGGACACAAGCUGUUGGCCCACUGGCACCGCGGAUAUCUGUUUUUACUCAUCAGGGAUGCCAAGUCGCCCAACAAGACAGAGUUUGGUAGCAGCUCUCCAUCAGACAAACAGCUUCUCACCAUCUAUGACCUGGACAACAAGUUCAUUGCCUACAGCGCCCCCUUUGAUGACGUUGUGGAUGUGGUGGCGGAGUGGGGAUCCUUCUACAUCCUCACCAGAGAUGGAAGGAUGUUUGUUCUUCAGGAGAAAGACACACAGACCAAACUAGAGAUGCUGUUUAAGAAGAACCUGUUUGUGAUGGCCAUAAACCUGGCUAAGAGCCAGCACCUGGACAGUGACGGGCUGUCGGAGAUCUUCAGACAGUACGGUGAUCACCUUUACCUUAAGGGAGACCAUGACGGGGCCAUCCAGCAGUACAUCCGCACCAUUGGGAAACUGGAGCCCUCGUAUGUCAUCAGGAAAUUCUUGGACGCACAAAGGAUCCACAACCUGACCGCAUAUCUGCAGGCCCUGCACAGACAGUCACUGGCCAACGCAGACCACACCACACUGCUCCUGAACUGUUACACCAAGCUGAAGGACAGCUCCAAGCUGGAGGAGUUCAUUAAGAGCAGUGAAAGUGAGGUCCACUUCGAUGUUGAGAUCGCCAUCAAGGUUCUCCGGCAGGCUGGCUACCACAACCACGCUGUCUUCUUGGCUGAGAAACACAUGCACCAUGAAUGGUACCUUAAGAUCCAGCUGGAAGACCUCAAGAACUAUCAGGAAGGGCUGCGUUACAUUGGACGUCUGCCUUUUGAACAAGCUGAGAGCAACAUGAAGCGUUACGGGAAAACACUGAUGCACCAUGUUCCUGAAGGCACCACGCUGCUGCUGAAGGGUUUAUGCACCAACUACCAACCCAGCGGAGAAGCUUCGGACAGCCUGGAUAGAGGUUGGGCCAACAAGGCCAACUCCGAGGAAUUCAUCCCGAUUUUUGCCAACAACCCUCGGGAGCUGAAGGCCUUCCUGGAGCACAUGAUGGAGGUGGACUCCCGUUGUUCCCAGGGAGUGUAUGACACAUUGCUGGAGCUCCGGCUACAGGACUGGGCACAUGAAGAGGACCCUGUGAGAAAAAAAGUCCUGCAGGGGGAAGCUGUAUCCCUGUUGAGGAGUGACAGCACCGUGUUUGAUAAGGCCCUGGUCCUCUGCCAAAUGCACAACUUCAAAGAAGGCGUCCUCUACCUUUAUGAGAAGGGUAAACUAUACCAGCAGAUUAUGCACUACCACAUGCAGAAUGAGGAGUAUGGGAAAGUAGUCGAGGCCUGCCAGCGCUAUGGUGACCAGGAGGGUUGCCUAUGGGAGCAGGCGUUGGGAUACUUUGCCAGGAAAGAAGAGGACUGCAAGGCCUACAUCAGUGAGGUCCUACACCACAUUGACCAAAACAACCUGAUGCCUCCAUUACUUGUGGUGCAAACGCUGGCACACAACUCGACAGCCACGCUCUCUGUCAUCAAGGACUACCUCAUCAAUAAGCUGCAGAGGGAGAGCCAGCAGAUAGAGGACGACGAACGCAAAAUCCACCAGUACCGCGAAGAAACGGCUCACCUCCGCUCUGAGAUCCAGGAGCUCAAAACGAGUGCUAAGAUAUUCCAGAAAACCAAGUGUAACAUGUGCAACAGCCCCCUGGAGCUUCCGUCUGUUCAUUUCCUGUGCAGCCACUCCUUCCACCAACACUGCUUCGAAAGCUACGCCGAGAGUGAGGCCGAGUGCCCAACAUGCACUCCCGAGAACCGCAAAGUCAUGGACAUGCUGCGUGCCCAGGACCAGAAGCGCGACUUGCAUGACCAUUUCAACAGACAGUUACGCAGCUCUAAUGAUGGCUUCUCGGUCGUGGCUGACUAUUUUGGUCGAGGAGUGUUUAACAAACUGACUCUGGUCACCGACCCACCUGGCACUAAAACUGUGGGGAGCCUGGAAGUGAGCCUGCAGAGAGACCUUCUCGUCCACACUAAGAGAAAUUGCUGAGAAACUCCGCUUGUGAUGGCGGUCUGAAUCCCUCCUGAGCAGGAACUUUGUGUGCAGCCUCUCCGCACUAUGCUUUGCCACUUUGUUUAGCAGUGGCCUGCUUUGAGAAGCUGUGAUGGACCCUAACCAUGUUCCUAGUCAUGAAGCGCUGGGGACUGUAUAAAUGUACUUUAGUUAAAAACAUGUGAUACUGUGUCUUAAACCCUGCUGAGUUCCACUUUUGAGCAUUUUGCUUUUGAUGUGUUUGCUUGUACUAAUUAUUCAUCUAGCACAUAACACUCAAAUUGUUCAACUGUCUGUCAAUGAUGAAAUUACUUGAUGUCUGCCACUAUAACUUGAGGAUUCAAAUUGUGAAUAAAGUCAUUAAGUGAUUAAGUCUU